AUGUGGACCAUAGCAGUCAUCUUAGCACUAGGUGCUCUCUACCUCUGGCGGGUGAACUCGGCUAUGAAGAUAGUCCCCAGAGAGGCCCACAAAUUGUCACCCCGUCGCUGGACCGUCGAAGAAAUAAAAGCCGCCUACAAGAAGAACCAAGAAUGUCCCAUCGACGUAACCAAGAGCCUACCGCCAAAGCAAUCCCGUCGAUAUGUGAUCGUAGGUGGAACUGGUCUGGUCGGCGCAUGGAUAGUCAAACACCUCCUAGCCCGAGGCGAAGACCCUAAAGCCAUUCGCAUCCUGGACCUAGUCUCCCCCAACCAAAAGCUCCUCAGCCAAGGCGUGAGCUGGAUCAAAACAGACAUCACCGACAAGUCCGCUGUAACGAGCGCAUUCAAUCAGCCAUGGCCCACAGAAGCCACCAAGCUGCCCCUAACAGUCUACCACACGGCAGCCGUAAUCCGGCCACAAGACCGCCUAAAGAGCUUCCUACCCCUAAGCAGCAAAGUCAAUACAACAGGCACCCAGAACGUCCUCUCCGCCGCCCGCACCGCCGGCGCAACAGCCUUCAUCUGGACCUCCUCCGGCUCCAUCACCCUACACCAAGCCAGCUUCUGGAUCUGGCCAUGGGCACGGGAACCAACGCACGCAGUGCAAAUAAUCAGCGACACAACCAAACUCCCCACCCGCCACGAAGAUUUCUUCAGCAACUACGCCGUGACCAAAUCCGACGCCGAGCGACUCGUCCGCGCAGCCGACGACCCAGCAACUAACUUCCGCACGGGCUGUAUCCGCCCCACAAACGGCAUCUACGGCACUGGCACAGAAACCAACUCCGCCAUCACGGACAUCUACCUCCGCACAGGCGGCAGUCCGACCUGGGCGGCGCCGGUCGUGCAAAGCUUCGUGCACGCGGAGAACGUCUCGCUCGCGCAUCUCCUGUACGAACAGCGUCUGAUCCAGCAGAGUGAGCCCGAGUCGACGCUGCCGAAUACGGGUGGACAGGCGUACGUCGUUAGUGACCCGAAUGCGGCGAUUUCGUUCGGCGAUAUGUAUACCUUGCUUGAGACGUUGUCGAAGACGCCGGUGCGUUUUCCGAAGGUGCAGCCUGUGCCAUUUUUGGUGAUGGCGUAUGUUGUGGAGGUUUAUGCGUUUUUGCAGUUCAAGUAUCUUACCUGGUUACCGAGACUGCCGCAUGAUCUGGCGCAGAUUCAGCCGUCGCUGUUUUCGAUUCUUAAUGUUCAUGUUUUUGCGGAUGAUUCACGGGCGAAGUUGGCACCGGAGUUGGGUGGGUUGGGGUAUAACCCGCCUAUCAAUACUCUUGACGGGAUGUGUCGGCGACUUGUGGAUUGGAAUGCGAUGGCUGAGAGUGAGGGUGUGGAUGUUAAUGGUAAGAAGGUGAGGCUUGGUCCUGUGAAGGUUGCGGGAGAUGGAUUUGAUGUUGAUGUUGUUGUGCCGAAGGCGUUGUGA